AUGAAGUGUUGCUCCAGUCUCUUAGAUGUCAAUUCAGAAGGUAACAGUGGUUCAUAUCGAGCUAACAUUCCUACACUGGAGUCUUCCAUCUCGCCAAUAAAAUCGAGAAAUAAAAAUAUAACUAUUAAUGCAGUCACCCUUUUUACAAAUAUUAUAUAUUUAUUCCUUUUAUUGUGCACAUUCCAAGGAUCCCUUGAGUAUAGAGAUGUUAAUAAAUUGUCUACGGAAUCUACACAAUCAUAUAAUGGUAAAGCGACACGUAUCACACUUAGGAGAAACCUGGCGGAGGAAAACAAUAACAAUGUACCCGGAGUUCCAGAAGAAAAUGUAUUAGAACCAGAAAGUGCAACCACGCAAACCUUUGAGUUUUAUAACUCUAAUUACCCCCUUGAAAAAGAUCAACUUCAUGAGAUUGAAAGUAUAAACGAACUUGUUGAAAGUUGCGAAAAAAAACUUAAUGAUAUUCUUAUAGACAUUAGAAGUCGAUUCGUAGAAUUUACCGAGGAUAUGAAUCAUUACUGGUGUGAUAAAAUGUGGAAAACUACAUGGUAUAAAUACGCAGAUAAUGUACACACUGAUAUGAUCAAAAACCUUAAAGACCCAACGAUUACUUUAGAUGAAAAAAAAAAUAUUGUCAAAAUUUUGAUGCAAUGGUGUGAGGAAGAUUUUAAGUACUUCUUGAUAUUGCUUAAGGCGCAAUGGGAUUUGAGAGAUGACCCAGAGCAUUACUUAGAAAGAUAA